CAGUUUUGUUAUCAAGCUGCACAGCUGUACCGUUAUCAGUUGCAUGCUGAGAGUCUCUCUCCCACUGUCAUGCGCCCACGAAGAGCUUUCCGCGGCAAAGCUCGCUCUUGGAGAGAGUGCCACGCUGCUGAAAGGUCCUUGCUGCUGCCUGCUGCUGCUGUAUUGUCAAAAAUUUUCACUUAACAAUCAGUCAAGUUUAUCGUGGCGCCUUAGUUUAGUUGAAAGAAAAUUCGCGCUGCGCAACGCGUCCGGACAUCGCUGGGGCAGCCCCAGCAGCAGCAGCAGCAGAAAAAAAGUGAACACAACGAACCAGAAAUUGGAAAAGGAAUAAUUAGUGAUAAUCAAAAAAAAAGAAAAUUUCCAGACCCCGUCAUAAAUAAAUAAAGACACAACGCGGCAAACGAAAAUGGAUGUGCCUCAUUCAUAAACCAGAGCCUGGACAGGUCGGGUCGGGUGCGCUGAUCAACGAAAAGUAAAACAAAAGCCCACUAGCAACUGCAAAAACCUCGCAUAAAAAAAGGAGCGGACGCAACCAUGCCGGAGGAGAAGGAAAUGUCCGGAAAUAAUCUGGAAAACGGACAGGCCAUGGCCACGGCUACGGCUACGGCCACGGCCAGCUCAACGCCAAGCAGGUCCAAGCAACAGCGCCAGAAGACGCCCACAAGGCGGCGUCCCCAUGAUAGUGAUGUGGUCGCUGGAGGCGUUGGCAUCACCGGCGGCGGCGUGGUCAUCCUGCCGCAGCAUGUGCUCAACGAGCUCUAUCACAACUACUCCAUUAAGCAGCGGCGCAGCGGCCUCAAGUGGUUCCUGUUCGCCGCCGUUCUCUUCAAUGUUUGGACCAUUUGCAUACCCUGGGAUCAGGCAAUACCCACAAGAGUUGUAAACUGUUGCAUGCUGGUGGCCUAUUUGGCCCUAACGGCCCUGAUGCACAUUGGGCGACGCUCGGAGCAGCCUUCACUGAGACGUUUCCAUCUAACAUUCCUGACGAUUAUGCCGCGGGCUCUUUGGUUCCUAUCCAUGCUCCACUUUGCCGCCUAUGUGAUGCUGCAACCCAGCUUCUCUCCAAGGGAUGUACUGGGCUGGGCCAUCUUGCUAAACUUCCUGAUCUAUGUGACGCUGCCGCUUCCUCUGAUUUUCCUUGGUCUGGUGAUUGGCUUCUGCACGUACUUCAAUUGCCUGAGCCUCCCCGUUGGCUUCUCUCGUCCUGAUCCCCUCAUCUCGGAUCAGGCGGCGGCCAAUGCAGUUCUGAUAGCCACCGCCGCCUUGAUCGGUCUACUGUAUUACUUUAUGGGCGAGGCCAAGCAGAAGCGAGCCUUUUUGGAGGCCAAAAAGAGUCUGGAGGUGAAAAUGGUCAUCGAGGAACAGUCCGCCGAACAGGAACGCUUACUGUUGUCUGUGCUGCCCAAGCAUGUGGCUAUCAAAAUGCGCGAGGACCUGGGCUCAUCCAGUUCGGAGGCAUUCAAAAAGAUAUACAUGAGUCGACACGAGAAUGUGAGCAUACUAUAUGCGGACAUAGUGGGCUUUACCGCCAUCUCCUCGACAUAUAGCGCUCAAGACUUGGUUAAAAUGCUUAACGAGCUCUUCGCACGCUUCGAUAGGCUCGCCGAGAAAUAUCAACAAUUGCGCAUUAAGAUUCUGGGCGAUUGCUAUUAUUGCAUUAGCGGUGCCCCCGACGAGCGACCGGAUCAUGCGGUUAUGUGUGUGCACAUGGGACUCUCUAUGGUGAAGGCCAUCAAGUAUGUGCAGCAGAAGGCCAAUUCACCUGUUGAUAUGCGUGUUGGCAUACACACGGGCGCUGUGCUGGCAGGGAUACUCGGCCAGCGGCAAUGGCAGUUUGAUGUCUACUCCAAGGACGUUGAGCUGGCUAAUAAAAUGGAAUCCAGCGGCAUGGCGGGACGCGUUCACAUUUCGGACAAAACGUUGGCCUUCCUCAACGGGGAGUUUGAGGUGGAGCCCGCCUUUGGCGAGAAGCGGGAGGAGCUAUUGCGCAUAGCCGGAUUGAAGACCUUCUUCAUAACCAAGGUGGUUAAGCCGUUUGCGUCGCCCUGUGCCAAGAAAAUCAACGAAUCGCAAGCCGAAAACUCACAGCUUAGCCCCAAUGGAUCCACCACCGAUGUCGUUUCCGGUGGCGGAGAGGACAACGAUGCCACGCUGGAUGAUGAGGAACUGCUGGCCCAGAGUGCCACCACGAAUGGCCACCAAACAGCCGAGGCAGAGGAUGAGGAGGAACAGGUCAAGUUGGAGAACUUUAAGCAGCGCUUGAAAGACGAGCUCGUCACUCGAGAUGGGCAUGAGAACCUCACCAAGGACACCAACAUAUUCCUGCGCUUCAAGAACCCACAAUUGGAGCAAUCCUAUGCCGUGUACCGAGAGCCCUACAGCUCCCUGCCGCUGCUGGCGGCACUCCUGGUGCAGUGCAUCGACGUGCUAUACUCCUACUUGGUGCUGCCCCGCUCCACGCUGCAUUUCAUCAACAUAGCGGCGCCACUGGUGCCCAUUGCCAUGCUGGUGGUGAUCAGCAUUGCUGAGAGCUUCAGCGGCAUGCUGCCCAAGUUCUUUGUGGACGUGAGCAAGCGCUUCAAUGACAUUACCUUCGUGCGGGAACUGGCGGCCAUAAUUAUCGCCCUCACCAUUGGCCUGAGCAAUGUCAUCGACAUGUUCUUCUUCGUCACCUUCGUGCGCACCGAGCACAUUGUGAGCGAAAGCGAAUUCAAUGCCACGGCUGGUCUGGGACUGGGUCUGGAGGCCGAUGUGGAUGUGGAUGUGGCCGGCGCGGAGGCGGUCACCGCCGAGCACCUGCUGCCCGAAUCGUUUGUGGAGCAAAUGCGCGAUGCAGUACCCACAGAACGUGUCCUAUAUCCGUCCUAUUUGAGCAAUUUCGGUGUCCUAAUAUUGAUUGCGAUUGCCGUGAUUGCUCAGCUCACGCAUCUGACUAAAAUACUCCUAUUAUUGUCCAUUGCGGCUCUGCAUUGCUACUUCAACAUAUUCAUCAUGCAGGACCUGUAUGCCUUGGAGGAUGACCUGGCACAUCAGCCCAUCAUAUCCUCACGAUACUGUGCCUCUGGACUUCUGCUGGUGGCAGCCCUAGCUCUGAGCACCUUGGCCCGACAUAUGGAUCACGAGGAUCGGGUGAUCUUCAAAUGGAAAACCGAGGUGGCGGAACAGAAAGAGACCGCCAACGAUAUGCGGCAGCGUAACGAGGCCUUGGUGUACAAUGUUUUACCCGUUCAUGUUGCUGAACAUUUCAUGAAGAAUACCAAGCGAUCACAUGAUGAUCUCUACUCUCAGAGCUAUUCCGAGGUGGGAGUAUUAUUUGCCAGCAUGCCAAACUUUUCAGAUUUCUAUUCGGAGGAAACCGUGAAUAAUCAGGGUCUGGAGUGUCUACGUUUUCUAAAUGAAGUUAUCUCUGAUUUUGAUGCGCUAUUGGAACUGCCACAGUUCCAGGAUAUCAUCAAAAUCAAGACUAUUGGCUCGACUUAUAUGGCCGCCAGUGGCAUAAAUCUUCAGCGGAAUCUUCGCUCGGAUGCUUCCAUCACCGAGCGCUGGGCCCAGUUGGCCGUGCUCGUCGAAUUUGCAUUGGAACUCACGCACACUCUGCAAGGCAUUAACGAGCAGUCUUUCAAUCACUUUGUCCUCAAGAUGGGCAUAAAUCAUGGACCCAUAACCGCUGGUGUGAUCGGUGCUAGGAAGCCGCACUAUGAUAUCUGGGGCAAUACGGUGAAUGUGGCAUCCCGCAUGGAGAGCACUGGCAAGGCCGGCGCCAUUCAGGUCACCGAGGAAACGUGCAACAUUCUCCAGAAGUUUGGCUAUACAUUUCAGCAACGUGGCCUGGUGUCGGUCAAGGGCAAGGGUCAAUUGAUGACCUACUAUUUGCAGGGCAAGUCUAAGCCUUGUGCAGAGCCUGAAGCUACUCCGGCAGCCAUUGAGCUACAUGAUACUCUGGAUUCCACCACGGAGCUGGAUAUCUCGGACAUCAAGACGCCCCUGCUCAAACUGAAGGGCCAGGAGGCGCCAGCGGCGGGGGAGAGUGGACAGAGUGGGCCGGCGCCCAGUCUGGGCAAUGGCAGUGCCGGCCAAGUGGGAGAAUCUCAAUCUUUAUUGGAAUAAUUUGCGACUUUUUUCUUAGAUUUCUAUUUUAAUUUGCAUUUCCAUUUAGACUGUGUGCGAGUGUAUCUAUGAGUGUGUGCUUGUGUGCCUGUGUGAGUGUGGCUGUGUGGAUUAUACUGUUAUAAAACUGUUAUUGCUAUACAUUUGGUUUUGCCUCCGUAUUCGUGUGAUAUUCUAUAGAAAAAACCAUUCUAAUUUAGUUAAAAUUAUAAAUUUACUUUCAAAAAGUUUGUAAACUGUGUACCUAAGAAAACAAAACGAUAAUGUAUAACUUUUAAAUAUAUAUUUAACUAUGGCUAAGUACUUUUAAUUAAUUGUGAAUUAUCUAUUGUUUCAAACAACAAAUUGUUAUCUCAUUUCCAAGGAACUGUAAUAUAAGUGAUCCCCACUUUGCUUAACACCAAAAAACUAAUCGAUGUGUAGUUGAAGUAGGAGACAACAACAACCAUUCCAUUUUGCAUCUGAAUGUGUAAAAUAAACGAGUCUUAAAUAGUAAUUAUGUAUGCGCAUAAACUAAACAAUAGUAAUAUACAUAUGUACGACUAUAUACUUAUAUGCUAAGUCCUAUAGAAUCCGUAUCCCACCACAAACAAACUGCAACCCACAAGCAAGUCCAAAUAUAGUCGAACAAAAUUUAAUUAAAUUAUAAAUUAGUUAAUGAGAGAUGUUAGUGAGUAUCGAAACCAUAGAUGGCAUAGAAAUCCUAGGCAUGCGUACCAUUAACUACGUUAACAUAUUUACAUAUAUAUAAAAAUGCAUACAUACAUACAUACAUACUAUAUAUAUAGGCAUAUAUAGUUAUAUACAAACUAUUAUAUAUAGCAUCGCAUGCUUAUUAGAACAUUUCAACGAAUUAGCAAAGGAAGCAAACAACAAACGAACUUACAUAGCAAACAAAUCGAAUAGAAAGCGAAUAGAAACUACUAUACAAGUGUAAAACGUUUUCAAAUUGAUCUAAAAAUUGGUAUCUAAGUAUCUAUUUGUCAUGUCCAUGUCCCCCAUUAAUUUCCUUUUUGUUUAAUGGCUAAAAGCAGGACAAUCAAUUAAGGAAAACAGCAGCAUUGGUGAUUGAAUUAUAGCUUUUCCAAAAUUUUACAGUUUCUCUCUCCACUGGUUAACUAAAACACAAAUAGAUACAAUUUGUAAAACUAUAAUUUCCUUACAGAAAUGCUUUAACUUAAGGCCAUACCAUACCAUACCAUACCUGUUAGAUGUUGUGUUUUUAGCUUUUAAAACAUUCAACAAAAACUAAGCAUUUGCAAUUUUUUAUAAUUUCGAAAAGAAAACUAAAAUGAACCAAAAGAAUUAAAAAAAAAACAACAUACCAAACAAUUAGAACAUUAUAGUAAAAAAUAAAUAAAUAACAACUAAG